AUGAGCCUAGAGAAUGAGGACAAGCGGGCUCGCACACGGUCCAAGGCUGGCCGAGCACCCUCAGAGACCGCAGGCACCGACCUCAGCUGCCCCACCCCGGGCUGCACAGGCUCUGGACAUGUCCGGGGAAAAUACUCCAGGCACCGGAGCCUGCAAAGCUGCCCCCUGGCCAAGAAGCGUCGGCUGGGGGUUGCUGAGGCCGAGCACCUGGCGGCCAAGCGGAAGCCGCAGCCCCUGAAGCUGGCUCUGGACGAGGGCUAUGGCAUGGACAGCGACAGCAGCGAGGACGCCGAGGUGAAGGACGCCUCUGUCUCAGACGAGUCGGAAGGAACUCUGGAGGGGGACGAGGCUAAGAUGUCCGGGCAGGAGGGGACGCAGCGCCCCGAGCCAGCUGAAGGUGCUUUGUGCUCUUCCUCCUGGAAUAAAGGGCCCACGUCACCCUUUGGAGCCAGUCUUGCCGGCCCCUCCAAGAGCAGCUACAGCAGCUACCAAGAAAUCAUCGCCACGUCUCUCCUCAAUCUGGGCCAAAUUGCUGAGGAGACCCUGGCUGGAGAGGACUUGGGCCAGGGAGCCAAGCCAGGCCCCAGCCUUGUGCACCUGGUCCCGGAGGAGGCUGGGGAGGGGGCCACAAGCGAUGAGGGUGAGAAAGAUGUCUUCAUCCAGCCUGAGGACGCUGAGGAGGUUGUGGAGGCCACUGGCGAGCAGCCUAGGGAGCUGGGCCCCACCUCCCUAGAGGGCCUGGUCAACGAGGAGUCUGGCAGGCAGAAAGGUGCCCUGGGUCCUGAGGAUGACGAGGAGGAGGACGAAGAGGAGGAAGAGGAGGAGGAAGAAGAGGAGGACGAGGAGGAGGAGGAGGUGAUUCCUGAUGUGAUAUGCGAGGAUGCCCCCCAUGCCUCCACUCAGAAGGCCCCUGAGCCCCCACACCCUGAGCCCCCACGCCCUGAGCCUGAGUACUCAGUCAUUGUGGAGGUACGUUCUGACGAUGACAAGGACGAAGAUUCACGCUCCCAGAAGUCGGCUGUCACGGAUGAGUCAGAGAUGUACGACAUGAUGACCCGAGGGAACCUGGGCCUCCUGGAGCAGGCCAUUGCCCUGAAGGCCGAGCAGGUGCGCGUGGCCCGGGGGUCAGCCGAGCAGGGCCCAGGCGAGGGGCAGGCUGGGAAGCCCUUGGACGCUGUGCGAAAGAGCUACUAUAGCAAAGACCCUUCAAGAGCUGAAAAGCGUGAGAUCAAGUGUCCGACUCCGGGCUGUGAUGGCACGGGCCACGUCACUGGCUUGUACCCACACCAUCGCAGCCUGUCUGGCUGCCCUCACAAAGACAGGAUCCCCCCGGAGAUCCUGGCCAUGCACGAGAACGUGCUGAAGUGCCCCACUCCCGGCUGCACGGGGCAGGGUCACGUGAACAGCAACCGCAACACCCACAGAAGUUUGUCUGGGUGUCCCAUUGCUGCUGCCGAGAAGUUAGCCAAAUCUCAUGAGAAGCAACAGCCACAGACGGGAGACCCUUCCAAGACUAGCUCCAAUUCUGAUCGCAUCCUUAGGCCCAUGUGCUUCGUGAAGCAGCUGGAGGUCCCUCCAUAUGGGAGCUACCGGCCCAGCGUGGCUCCUGCCACACCCAGGGCCAACCUGGCCAAGGAGCUGGAGAAGUUCUCCAAGGUCACCUUCGACUACGCAAGUUUCGAUGCUCAGGUUUUUGGCAAACGCAUGCUUGCCCCAAAGAUUCAGACCAGCGAAACCUCACCUAAAGCCUUUAAAUGCUUCGACUACUCACAUGAUGCCGAGGCUGCCCACAUGGCCGCCACAGCCAUCCUGAACCUCUCCACCCGCUGCUGGGAAAUGCCGGAGAACCUCAGCACAAAGCCACAGGACCUCCCGGGCAAGCCUGUAGACAUCGAGGUGGAUGAGAAUGGGACCCUGGACCUGAGCACGCAUAAGCACCGCCGGCGAGACGGUGCUCUCCCCGCUAGCAGCAGCUGCAGCAGCAGCCCUGGUGUGAAGUCUCCUGAUGUGGCCCCACGCCAGGGCAGCGUCAGCACGACCAGCAGCUCCAUGACCUCGCCCCAGUCCAGCCAGGCCUCCCGCCAGGAUGAGUGGGAUGGGCCCCUGGACUACACUAAGCCCAGCCGCCAGCGCGAAGAGGAGCCCGAGGAGUCAGAGCCAGCAGCCCAUUCUUUUGCUUCUUCUGAAGCAGAUGAGCAAGAAGUGCCGGAAGAGAGUUUUGAGGAGCGGAAAUAUCCGGGGGAAGUCACCCUAACCAACUUUAAGCUGAAGUUUCUCUCCAAGGACAUAAAGAAGGAGCUGCUCACCUGUCCCACCCCUGGCUGUGAUGGCAGCGGCCACAUCACCGGAAACUAUGCCUCCCACCGCAGCCUUUCUGGUUGCCCUCUUGCUGACAAGAGCCUCAGAAACCUCAUGGCUGCCCACUCUGCUGACCUCAAGUGCCCCACGCCCGGCUGCGACGGCUCUGGCCACAUCACGGGAAACUACGCCUCACACCGGAGCCUGUCGGGCUGCCCUCGAGCGAAGAAGAGUGGCAUCAAGAUCACGCCCACCAAGGACGACAAGGAGGACCCUGAGCUGAUGAAGUGCCCGGUUCCUGGCUGCGUGGGGCUUGGCCACAUCAGUGGCAAGUAUGCCUCGCACAGGAGUGCAUCAGGCUGCCCGCUGGCCGCCCGCAGGCAGAAAGAAGGGUCCCUCAACGGCUCAUCGUUUUCCUGGAAAUCACUGAAGAAUGAGGGGCCUACCUGCCCCACACCUGGUUGUGAUGGCUCUGGCCAUGCCAAUGGAAGCUUCCUCACCCACCGGAGCUUGUCUGGCUGUCCCAGAGCAACUUUUGCUGGAAAGAAGGGAAAACUCUCAGGGGAUGAGAUUCUCAGCACUAAAUUCAAGACAAGUGAUGUGCUGGAGAACGACGAGGAAAUCAAGCAGCUGAACAAGGAGAUCCACGACCUCAGCGAGUCCAACUCAGAGAUGGAGGCUGCCAUGGUCAAGCUGCAGUCCCAGAUAUCCUCCAUGGAGAAGAACCUCCAGAACAUUGAGGAGGAGAACAAGGUCAUUGAGCAGCAGAAUGAGGCACUGUUCCUAGAGCUGUCUGGCCUGAGCCAGGCCCUCAUCCAAAGUCUUGCCAACAUCCGCCUCCCGCACAUGGAGCCAAUCUGUGAGCAGAACUUCGAUGCGUAUGUGAGCACCCUCACCAACAUGUACACCGACCAGGACUGCUACCAGAAUCCCGAGAACAAGGCCCUCCUGGAGAGCAUCAAGCAGGCUGUGAGGGGCAUCCAGGUCUAAUGAGCAGUGUGGGCCACCUCGCCUCCAGACCCAACCUGCUACAGAGGGCCUCCCCCACAGGACUCUGCUGGGCAGCGGUGGGGUAAAAUCAUGCUGGGGGGCCUUGUCAGGUUUAUACAAAGGGGUGCCUACAGGUCAGUGUUCCCCAAGGCCCUGUGCACGGAGGCCAUGGGCCACUGAAGUAUUACAAAGCAAUUUAUUUUUGUUUUCUGAAAGACACCUGAAGAGCAGUUUGAAACCUCUAGCGGAAAGCUCAGCGGAAAAGGUUCUCAGGGAAGCUUCUGAAGUUUGCAACCACAGUAUUCCUUGUCUGUAGUGGCUGGGAGGGCACCGUGGCAGGAGGCUCAGCGGGGCGCAUCUGCUGGCAAGGGCUGCGCGUGCCAGCGUGUUUUUCACAGUUUUGUUUGAUUCAGUUUUGUGUUAAGGAUAGAACAAGCCUGUCCCAGGGAAAAAUUGGGAAUGGGCCUCCCAGAGCCACUCUGCUUGCCGCCUUUGGCUCAGAGAGCUUUGACUGGGACGCUUAAAGCCCCCCUGACAUGCAAGGAGUGGCCGCGUCGAGAGUAAUGGCAAGACUGACCCUGCACCUUCGUGACCAAGUUGUCACGCUGAUGCUGCAUGGCGGGGGUGGGGAGGCGAGUAGAGUCCCAGUGGGAGACCACAAAGAUUUCACUUCCUUUUAGAUUCACUCAAGAUGCAAAAAAAGACAAAUUUAAUGUGUUAAAAACACAAUGUUCCUACAUGUAAAUAGAGUCCAAAUUGUGACUGCAAUUCCGAGUUAGUCUUUAAAAGUAGAGAAAUUGCACUUCCUGGAAGAAAUAAAAAGUAGUUAGUUUAAUUAUUCUGUAAAUUAUUUAAUUUUGUCAAGAUGUAAGUAUUUAUAUUCACAACCUCCUAUGUUAACAUUCACUAUUUAUUUCACAUUUUUAUUUAUUAAUUUUAUACUAUUUUAACCAGACCCCACCCAGGGCACCAGGAAAGGGAAAUGAAUGAAAUUCAAAGCAAAGGUAACUGACUAUAAGACCACAAAAAAUCUUGAUAUAACUUCUAGUUAUAAUUUUGAUGCAACCAAGUUAUUUUUUAUAUAUUUUGUUAUUUAUUCUUUUAAUAAUGGAAUUUUUAAAAAAGUAUUUUGUAACUGAGGAAUUUUGAUAAUUUGGGGCUUUUCCCCUUGGCCCAAUGGAGAGAGAGACUUUUUGGUUUUCUUUUUCCCUUCUGGGUUCCUUUUGUUUCGGCACUGACGGCAGGAUGGGGCUCUUUGUUCUUUGUUUAUUUACGUGUAUGCGGCGGAGUGUGCGCUGGCGUGUCCUCGUGUGUGUCAGUUCUGUGAUGGCUACAUAGUGUUUCUGUGAAGGAAUACUGUCAACUGCAGUACCCGUAGCCUCCGUGUAAUGGCAGGCUACUCACCUGUUCUGACAGCUCUAAUACUGUGACCCUCCUUCCUCAGGAAAUGUGUUAAACCCACAGCACUUCAUGAUGUAUCUGCAGGGUGAUUUCCUAAUAAAAGUCCACUUCUGA